GCCUUUUGAAAACAAUAGAUUAGAGAGAGAAUAAAGGCAUUUUUUCUUUAUAAGAGAGACUGUCCUCUCUUAUAUAUUUGCUUCUUUCUUCUUCCUCUUAUGUUACACUUUCAAUUCCUCCAUAUAAACAUGUCAAGCUGCAUUGAUUCUACUAAUCCUGAGCAACUUUGCUAUAUCCCUUGCAACUUUUGCAAUAUUGUUCUUGCGGUGAGUGUUCCAUGCAGCAACUUGUUUGAUAUAGUGACAGUUCGAUGUGGACACUGCACAAAUAUGUGGACUGUUAAUAUGGCUGCUGCAUUUCAGUCCUCUUCUUAUCAAAGUCAUCAUCACCUUCAUCAGGUAGCAAACUACACUAAUUCUCCUCAUGAAUGCAGCACUAGGAUGGCAGCCCGUCCAUCUAUCACAAACAAUUCUCCUCGUGAGGAGAGGAUUGUAAAUCGACCCCCCGAGAAGAGGCAGCGAGUACCUUCAGCAUAUAACCAGUUCAUAAAAGAGGAGAUUCAGAGGAUCAAGGCUAAUAAUCCAGAUAUUACUCAUAGGGAAGCAUUUAGUACUGCUGCUAAAAAUUGGGCACAUUUCCCUCACAUUCACUUUGGGCUCACGCUGGAGGCUAACAAUCAAGCCAAACUUGGUGCUUCUCAUGAGAACACAGAAAAGCAUAUAAUGCAUCGAGCUGCAUUGCCAAAAAUAAAGACCUUCACCUUCUGAGAGUAAUUUCUACAAGUUAUGUAUGUUGAAUUAUUGAAGGCAAGUGAAAAGCUCAGUGUGUUCGAUUGAGUGUAAGCAUCAAAUAUGAGACCCUUAAUUUAUAAUUUAUUUGUUCUAUUUGUUACUUAUAGAUAUUCUGCAAUUUGGAAACCAAGUUCCCCUAA